AUGAAUUCUAUGGAGAAAGUCCGUACGGAGGACAAUGGUGUGCUCGGAGAAAGUCCGUACGGAGGACAAUGGUGUGCUCGGAGAAAGUCCGUACGGAGGACACUGGUGUGCUCGGAGAAAGUCCUUACGGAGGACACUGGUGUGCUCGGAGAAAGUCCGUACGGAGGACCCGAGAUUUCACCAAGCAAAAAUUGUGAAUGGCAGGUCCCAACUCGGUAUGAAUUCUAUGGAGAAAGUCCGUACGGAGGACAAUGGUGUGCUCGGAGAAAGUCCGUACGGAGGACAAUGUGUGCUCGGAGAAACUCCGUACGGAGGACACUGGUGUGCUCGGAGAAAGUCCUUACGGAGGACACUGGUGUGCUCGGAGAAAGUCCGUACGGAGGACCCGAGAUUUCACCAAGCAAAAAUUGUGAAUGGCAGGUCCCAACUCGGUAUGAAUUCUAUGGAGAAAGUCCGUACGGAGGACAAUGGUGUGCUCGGAGAAAGUCCGUACGGAGGACACUGGUGUGCUCGGAGAAAGUCCGUACGGAGGACACUGGUGUGCUCGGAGAAAGUCCGUACGGAGGACAAUGGUGUGCUCGGAGAAAGUCCGUACGGAGGACACUUGUGUGCUCGGAGAAAGUCCGUACGGAGGACACUGGUGUAAUCGGAGAAAGUUCGUACGGAGGACAAUGGUGUGCUCGGAGAAAGUCCGUACGGAGGACACUUGUGUGCUCGGAGAAAGUCCGUACGGAGGACACUGGUGUAAUCGGAGAAAGUCCGUACGGAGGACAAUGGUGUGCUCGGAGAAUUCCUGAAAAUGUCAAAGAUUUCCAUUGA